AGGUCCGCGGCCUAUUUCCCAAGUUAGCGCUAGGGGCCUGUGGAAACAUGAAGAGGGUAAACAGCUGUGUGAAGAGUGAUGAGCAUGUCCUGGAGGAGCUGGAAACAGAAGGGGAGAGGCAGCUGAAAAGCCUCCUUCAGCAUCAACUUGAUACCUCUGUCUCCAUUGAAGAAUGUAUGUCUAAGAAAGAGAGCUUUGCUCCUGGUACUAUGUACAAGCCCUUUGGGAAGGAAGCAGCUGGGACUAUGACUUUGUCCCAAUUCCAGACACUGCAUGAGAAGGACCAGGAAACUGCUUCACUCAGGGAACUAGGGCUUAAUGAAACAGAAAUCUUGAUCUGGAAGAGCCAUAUUUCAGGUGAAAAGAGGACAAAACUGAGGGCAACUCCUGAAGCAAUACAGAACCGUCUUCAAGAUAUUGAAGAAAGGAUCUCGGAACGUCAGCGCAUCCUUUGCCUGCCCCAGAGAUUUGCAAAGAGCAAACAGCUGACUCGACGAGAAAUGGAAAUAGAAAACUCUUUAUUUCAGGGAGCUGAUCGUCACUCUUUUCUCAAGGCACUUUAUUACCAAGAUGAACCCCAAAAGAAGAACAAAGGUGAUCCCAUGAACAACCUGGAAAGUUUUUACCAAGAGAUGAUAAUGAAAAAACGUCUUGAAGAGUUCCAACUUAUGAGAGGUGAACCCUUUGCUUCCCACUCACUGGUCUCAGCUACAUCAGUGGGUGAUAGUGGCACAGCUGAGAUCCCGUCAUUACUCCAGGACGAGGGAAAACAGGCAGCACAGGGUAAAGGUCCUAGUCUCCAUGUGGCAAAAGUUAUUGAUUAUUCACCUGAGCAGUGUUGGACUGGGCCUAAGAAGCUGACGCAGCCAAUAGAAUUUGUCCCAGAAGAUGAGAUCCAGAGAAAUCGUUUGUCAGAGGAAGAGAUCCGAAAAAUGCCUAUGUUUUCUUCAUAUAAUCCAGGGGAGCCAAACAAGGUGUUAUACCUGAAGAACCUUAGCCCUCAGGUGACUGAAAAAGAUCUGGUCUCAUUGUUCGCUCGAUUCCAGGAGAAAAAAGGACCUCCAAUUCAAUUCCAAAUGAUGACUGGACGAAUGAGGGGGCAGGCUUUUAUCACCUUUUCCAAUAAGGAGAUAGCAUGCCAAGCAUUGCAUCUAGUAAAUGGAUAUAAACUACGUGGGAAAAUAUUGGUGAUAGAGUUUGGAAAGAACAAAAAGCAACGGUCAGAUCUCCAAGCUGCUUCUCUCAUACCAUGUGCUACAGAUGGUACUACAGAAAUCAGUGGUAGCUAGAAUAUAUAUAGAUUGUGGGUCCUCAGUGGUCUUUCUUGCAUCUGAAUCCUGGAUCUAGGAUUUGUGUACAGACAGCAAUUUAUUUGGAGUUGAAGAGGAGAAACUAACUGAGAGAGAAAAAAAGUAAUUGGGACAAUCCCCUUUAGCUUUUGGAGAUAAUUGGUAGAAAACAAUUUCUAUAAUCAAAAACUAUGUAGGACAGAUAAUAUACUAAGUACAAAGAGUAGUGUACAAAAAGUAUUGUUUUCUCAGGAUAAAAUUAUAAAAAAUUAUUACUAGGGAUUUUUCAAAAUCUUUAUAAUUUUGCUGGGGUCUUCAAUAUUUGUCCCUAGAGAUAACAUUCUUUCCAAGACUGCCUCCUAUAUUCACACCCAAAAAACUAAAUACAUGUUGAAA